AUGGACAUUGGAGUUGGUGCUUCUGGAGAGAGUACCAGAAGAAAAAUGGAGUCCAUCGCUGAUUGCGCAGUGGAGGUUGUACCUCUAGAGAUGUAUGAUUCUUUUAGGGCAAAGAUUGAUGCAAAUUUACAGUGGAUCUGUGCUAAAGCAUAUGGAAUAGACAAUGUCCCAGAGGAGCUGAAAGACCCAUUUUACGUAGACCAGUACGAACAAGAGCACAUUAAGCCACCAGUCAUCAAGCUUCUCCUCUCCAGCGAGCUGUACUGCCGUGUCUGUGGCCUUAUUCUAAAAGGGGACCAGGUGGCUGCUUUGCAGGGACACCAGCCAGUCAUCCAGGCUCUAUCUCGAAAAGGGAUUUACGUCAUGGAGAGCGAAGAUGUGCCCGUGUCUGAAUCUGACCUCAGCUGUUCUCCAAUCAAAAUGAGUGCCCACAUGUCUAUGAUUGAUGCCCUCAUGAUGGCCUACACCGUGGAAAUGAUCAGCAUUGAGAAAGUUGUUGCAAGUGUCAAACGUUUUUCUACAUUCAGUGCCUCGAAAGAGCUGCCGUACGAUCUGGAAGAUGCCAUGGUUUUCUGGAUCAACAAGGUCAAUCUCAAAAUGCGAGAAAUACUGGAGAAAGAGCAAAGAUUAAAACAGCAAAUAAUUGAAAGCCCAAGUCACCAAAAGUCUCCUUCAAAAUGGUAUUGGAAGUUAGUGCCUGUACGUUACCGCCGAGAUCAUCCUUCAAACAGGCAUUUACCGUACUUUCCCUUACUCGAAGAUUUAAUGAAGGAUGUGAGUGAUGGUGCAGCUCUUCUGACUGUUAUACACUAUUACUGUCCAGAGCAGAUGAAACUUGAAGAUAUCUGCUUAAAGGAAAUUACUUCCAUUGCGGACAGCCUGUACAAUAUUCAGCUUCUUAGAGAAUUCUCGAACGAAUAUUUAAACAAAUGUUUUUAUCUAUCAGUGGAAGACAUGCUGUAUUCGCCAAUUGUGCUGAAGCCAAACCUAAUGGUUUUUAUUGCUGAACUUUUCUGGUGGUUUGAAAAUGUAAAGCCAGAUUUUGUUCACCCCAGGGACAUCCAAGAAUUAAAAGAAGUUAAACCAGUAUUACAGAAUAAAAGCAGUCGGCCCCCUGUACCCAUAUCUAAUGCAACAAAGAGGAGCUUUCUGGCCAGCCCUGCAGGUAGCUCUGACCCCCAGGCGUCUGCGCAUACUACAGCUGAGGCCUGCAGCAGAAACAGCCUUCAACCAGAGGAGGCCGAAAAUGGGAAAGGAAACACUGUUUUAAGUCCUUCACACCCAUUGUUACCUUUACGGCAGAAACAACAGAAGAUCGUGCAACCAGAAGAGAGUCCCAUUCACAGGGAUCGUUCUAACUCGUUGACUCGGGCGGAUGGCCAGCCUCGGGCAUCGGUGAUUGCGUGGCCUGAGAAGAAACCCAGACCUCUCUCUCAACCAUCUCUGUAUGCCCUUCAUUGUGCGACUGAUGAUGUGGAUGCUACAUCUGGUGAUAGCAUCAGCCUUGCACGAUCGAUCAGCAAAGACAGCCUGGCUUCGAACAUCAUUAACGCAACUCCAAAACAUAACUCGCACCCCACUCCUGCCUCUCUGAGUUCGAGGAGCCUAUUGGGAAACGUAGAUAUUGAUGACGAAGAAGAACUUGUUGCAUUUAUAAGAUCAGGUGAAACAUCAAGUCAUGGCGACCUUGAAUUGCAAAGUGUGUCCUCCAGGGCAUCCAGUCAACAUGGCACAGCAAGGGCUUCAAGAAGGGGCGUAGAUGGUUUAGAACAUAGCUUUUUCUUUGAACCUCUAAUGCCUGCAGUACUUAAACCAUCUAAAGAAAAGCAGAUAGUUCACAAACGAGAGGAAUAUGGGGAAGGUAGACAAAAACCAUUUGUUUCAAAACGGCAAAAUGAAGGGAAUCUAUCUUUUUCACGAAAGAAAGCAAGCAAUCAUACUGGAAAUGACUUGAACAGAACUUUUACUCCAGUCACUAGCUCACACUUUAUAAGUGUAACCGAGUCCUCUAGAACAGAGCCUGUGCAACUUUCCAUUGAGACUGGAAACAGUACCUUUAGACCUAUUGCUACCAGCAGUGUUGACCAAGGUGAAGAGUCCAGUGGUGGAUUCUUUCUUCACGACACAAAAAGGGAGGAAGAUCUUGAAGAGCCAUUAGUGGAGCAUAUCGAUGCUGAGAAUCCGGACGACCCUGAUAGCACAUGGACAGUCGUAAGGGAAGAUUCAGACUCUGAUAACUUGGAUUUGGAAGAUUGUGAUCAGGAGCUUCCAGUUUUACAUCCUGUCACUAAGUACAUUGGAGAGGAAGAGUCUGCAAAGUUGCAGGAAGACAUGAAAGUAAAAGAACACGAUGACAAGGAUGAUGCCAGUGGUCGAUCCAGCCCGUGCCUCAGUACAAUUUCUCAACUUAGCAGUGCCUCAAUGGCAAGUGGAAGUGUGCGGAUGACUAGUUUUGCAGAGCGAAAAUUUCACAGGCUCAAUAGCUACGAAACAAAGUCUAGUACUAGCAGUUCACAAAAGACCACUCCUGAUGGUUCUGAGUGCGGGCCCCCUCCUUUGACAACCUGGAAGCAACGAAGGGAACAAAGUCCAAACAGGCUGAAUAAAGACAAUGCCAACGUUCUGGCUUCUGAACUUGUCCAACUUCAUAUGCAAUUGGAGGAGAAACGGCGAGCAAUAGAGUUACAGAAGAAGAAAAUGGAAUCUUUGUCUGCCAGGCAGCGUUUAAAAUUAGGAAAAGCUGCAUUUUUACACGUAGUAAAAAAGAGUAAACCCGAAGGAGCCCCACAGCCACUAAAGGCAGAGCACCUUUCUAAAGGCUACGUCAAACAAAGUUCAGAAGAUAUUGAUCCCGUGACUGUAAGUGCUAAAGUAGAACAGUUAUGUGAGAAAUUGGAAUCUGCACAAGAAGAACACGAUCCAUCUAAAGAUGCAAAGGUGCAAGAAACGGUUGCAUUUAUCGAACAGAAACUAAAAGAACCCGACACGGAUGAGGCUGAGCUCUGCAAUGUGAUGGCCAAAGUGGAAGAGGUAGAGUCUGAAGUUGAUGCAGGUGAAUGCAACCUCUCCAUUGAAAAGCUGAAUGAAACCAUAAGUACCUUGCAGCAGGCUAUUUUGAAAAUAUCCCAACAGCAAGAGCUACUUAUGAAGGCCCCAUCGACAGUAGUUCCUACCCUUAAGAAUAACGGACAGGAAAAUAAAUUAAAAUCUUCAUUACAAUUUAUGGACAUGUCGUCACCAACAGGAGUUGGAAACGGUCGUAAAACUUCCCGGUUUGGCCAGGGCCGCAAUGCCCGAUCACUGCGGCCCUCUGAGCAAAAGAUAUCAAAAGACAAACUUCAAAAUUCUUCCCGUGUAAUAACCCCAACGCAAAGUGUAGAAACCCUUCCCCACUUGAAAAGUGUGCAGGCCCUUAAAUCACCCAGCGUACCUACAGACGAACAUGGUUUUGACAGUAGCCCAGACAAAGGAAAUGAUUAUCAGGACCAAUUGUCAGCAGCUGAGUUUAGGUUACACGAUGAGCCCAACCAACGGACUUUUGUUCUGUCCACAUCCAAAGAUGCGAAUAACAUCUCGGAACAAGUGCACAAGGAUGUCAUGAACAAUAUUAGAGCCGUGGGGUCUUCAGAGAGCUCAGGGAAGGAGAAUGUACCUGUCGAUGAGCAACUUAAAAGUAAAACUAGUCUCAUCGAGGUGGAUCUUUCUGGUUUAAAAGACCCUGACGAAACAGAAGAUGUUGAACCAGAAAAAUCCACGGACAUCAUAAAUGAAGAUCAGAAAUCAGGCCUAGGAUUUUUCUUCAAAGAUGAUCAGAAAGCAGAAGAUGAGCUGGCAAAGAAACGUGCAGCAUUUCUGCUGAAACAGCAGCGGAAGGCAGAGGAAGCCCGGAUCAGAAAACAGCAACUAGAAGCGGAGGUUGAGCUAAAGCGAGAUGAGGCUCGACGCAAAGCUGAAGAGGACAGGAUACGAAAGGAUGAGGAAAAGGCUCGUCGGGAACUCAUUAAGCAGGAAUAUCUUAGGAGAAAGCAGCAGCAGAUCUUAGAAGAACAAGGACUGGGGAGACCUAAACCAAAACCCAAGGCCAAAAAAACCCGGCCUAAAUCUGUCCAUCGGGAAGAAUCUUACAGUGACUCAGGAACAAAGUAUUCUUCUACACCUGAUAACCUAAGCAGUGCCCAGUCUGGAUCCAGCCUGUCUUUGGCCUCUGGAGCAACAACUGAGGCAGAAAGUGUAAACUCUGGAGGAACGCCUUCUCACAGAGUGGACUCGGUGGAAACCUUGUCGGUUAUGAGCAGGCACCAGAGCAGAAAUGCCGACAGAGACUGGGAAAAUGUGUCGACUGCUUCCUCUAUAGCAUCAGUGGCAGAAUAUUCAGGUCCUAAACUUUACAAGGAGCCGAGCAGCAAGUCAAAUAAGCCCAUUAUUCACAAUGCUAUAGCUCAUUGCUGCCUAGCUGGAAAAGUGAACGAGUCACAGAAAAAUUCAACUUUGGAUGAGCUGGAGAAAUCUGACUCUAACCACUACAUUAUCCUGUUUCGUGACGCUGGUUGUCAGUUCAGAGCGCUUUAUUCUUUUCACCCCGACUCUGAAGAAAUCUAUAAACUAACUGGAACUGGCCCCAAAAACAUCACAAAGAAAAUGAUUGAUAAACUUUACAAAUACAGUUCAGACAGAAAACAAUUUACAGUGAUCCCUGCCAAAACAAUGUCUGUGAGCGUUGACGCUGUAACUAUUCAUAACCACCUGUGGCAGGCCAAGCGACCAGGGUUGCCAAAGAAGAACCCGCUUUCCAAGUAACCGGGGCGGGGUGGUGGAACACGUUGGUUUGCAAGAGGAAAAAAAAGUUUACCUUAUUUCUCCAGUUGGUACAAACUGCGCAGCACUUUGAAUGUUUUUUUUUUUUUUUCCUCUCAAAGGGAAUUUUAAGGAAAUUAUUUUACACGUGUGUUUAAUCCUUUUGCUGUUGAAGAGCCCUCCGUUUAGUCCCUCUCCAGCAUCAGAUUUCUUGAUUUGAAGGAAGUGUCAGUGUUCAUUUUGUUUCCCUUGUGAAUGAAUGGGUGGUGACUGCUGUGAAUCUGAAAAUAAAACAAAAAACUCUUGAUGGAAGGAAGACUUUGCAUGCGGCAAAACAAAUUUUGUCCAGUGGGAUUUAAAUUUUACUUGAAAUGCUCCCAAACUUGCAUAAACCUAGCAGUUAUUCUUUAUUAAGCGGGUAUUUAAACUGGCAGACAUCAGCAGGUCAGAAAGUAUAACCGUAAUAGGAAUUUUCUAUGAAUUGAUAAAUUUGCAGCUUCCAACCUACUGUAUCUACUGUCAGCAUUUUACCUGGAGGAGGCUGGAUGGAUAGGUGGGCUAUAAACGUGCACACUAAAUCAUCCUUGCUCAUUAACAGGAGGAAAUAUGGUCUCUACAAUAGGUGGUUGUACGCUAAACUUUGAUUGAAGUUUCUAGACUUGAAAACGUGUGAAAAGAAUUAGAUUUUUUUUUUUUUUUUUUUUUAAACCCAAACACUAAUUUUGCCCUUUAUCAGUACAAAGGUUAUCUCUUUUUGAGAUAUGUUUGUUUGCCCGGAAGAAUAUUAUGUUCCCAGCUUAAGUGUAUGGUUUAGCAGUAGGUCAGUCCCUACCUACACUUAGCACGGUACUCCUGUCUAUAUACAGUCUAUUUGUGCACUUAAAAAGAAAAAAAAAAUCACAGUCCUUUUUAAUGGUUUUAUGACGUCUUCAAAUGUAAUAUUAUCUGCGUUGCUGUUUUAAUUUCAACAUGAUGCACACAUCAAAGAGAAGAGCAUUGUGCUCAGUUGAAAGAUGUUGUUUUUUUCUUUGUUGUGUGUUUUUUUUUUUUUUUUUAAACACCUUUUUGUGAGGGGGGGGAUAAAGUUCAACAUAUUUAUUAUAUACUGUAUCCAUUCAUUUAAUUAUAUUCCUCCCUCUUGAUCUCAAAAUCAAACUUUGUUGUUUAAAUUCCAAAGAUUAUUUUUCUUUCUAUAAUCAGGUUGGGAUAUUAAAGGCUGCUUUGAAUUUGUGAAAACACUAAACGCUGUUUAAAGUUGUGGGGGUUUAUGGUUUGUGUGGGUUUUUUUUUUUUUUUUAUUUAAUGUAUUUUUCCAUGCACUUUGAAGGUUUUUUUUUUUUUUUUAAUUCAAUAGAAUUUCACGAAAACGUAAUGUGAAUUUAACAGGUAUGUUACAGUUCAAAUGAAAUCCUAAACUGAUUUUGUGAGAUUUAUUUUAAUUUUUAUAUAUAUUUUUUCCCCCUUUUUGUUUUGCACAUGUUUAUGUUUCAACUAUUACUUGAAAUAUAUUGGUACUGAUGAGGACACUGUUGCAUCAUUAAACCGAAAUAAAACAGUCAUGUGACUUCAUUGAGUGCUUCCAUGCAUCGCACCCCAGCACUCGACUGGGUUAAUACUGCUAGCCCAUAUUGUACAGAAAGCAGUGACUGAAACUAGCCCGACUCCCCCUUCUCCCUAGCAGUAAAUACUGUACCACAUUGAUGUAGAUUAAUGCAAUUCUGUAUAUAUUUGUUCACAUUGGCUAGUGCUGUGUAAAUAAAUCCAAAAAGCUUUAUCAUUCUGAAGUGCUGAACGGUAUAAAGCAAAUUUAAUGCUUAUCAUGCUUUUUUUCCAUGGCUGUCUUUCUCUCCCCACACCGUGAAUAUUCUAUUCCAUAUUUAUUUUAUGAAAGCACUGAGAUUAAAUAAAAUGAAAUAAUGUA